AUGGUUAAUGUUGCUGAUGAUUCUGCACCUGCUAGUUCCUCUACUAAUUUCAUACCUGACCCUUCGAGUCCCUUGUUUCUCCUGUCUUCUGAUAUUCCGGGAGUUUCCUUGGUUAGUAAUCCUUUUUCUGGUAAUCCUUUUUCUGGGACUGGUUUUGGGGGAUGGAGACGAAAUAUGAUUGUCUCCCUAUCUGCUAGGAAUAAGAUAGGGUUUAUUGAUGGAACAGUUCUCAAACCUCCAGAAAAUUACCCUCAAUUUAGGCAGUGGGAUAGGUGUAACAAUAUGGUCAUAUCUUGGCUGACCAAUUCCCUUACACCAGACAUAGCUGAAAGUGUCCAGUACUCUGACACUGCCCAAAGUAUUUGGACUCAGCUUAACAAAAGGUAUGGUACUGUCAAUGGUACCAAGGUUUUUGAGAUAAAGCAAGAGUUAGCAUCCACUAGUCAAGGGUCUUUGGAUAUAGCAUCUUACUUCAACAAGCUAAAUAGAUUGUGGGAUGAAUUAGGUUUCAUGCGUGCAUCUCGUGGUAGUUCUUGCACAUGUGCUGCCAAAUCUGAGCUCCAAAGAGAAGAUGACGGGAACAAGUUGCAUCAAUUUCUCAUGUGGCUUAAUGACACCUAUGUUGGAGUUAAGAGUAAUCUGCUCAUGAUGCAGCCUCCUCCAUCCCCAGACACUGCCUACAACAUCUUGCUUCAGGAUAAAAGGCAAAGACAAGUCUCCUCGCCAUCCCAAUUCCGCACUGAUUCAGCCUCUUUCAAUGCCCAUCUCACUAACAAGUUCUCAGGGACACCUGCCUCUCCUAAACAGUUCAAUCAAAAAGUCAACUUUGAUCUCAGCAAGUCAAAUAUAGUGUGUAGGUAUUGCAAGAAACCUGGACAUUUGAUUGACAAAUGUUAUAAGCUCCAUGGGUUCCCACCAAGUUUCAAAUUUACAAAGGGUAAGAGGACUGCUGCAAAUGUUGAGGGUUCUCAAGGACCUUCUGAGUCAGAGUCUUUGAUUCCUGGGUUAACCAAGGAUCAAUAUUCACAACUUAUGAUGCUGCUUCAACAGACACAAAUUUCAGAGUCACAGCCCCAGUCUAGCCUCAUGGCAUCUGCCAACUUUGCUGAUUCUGGGGCCACUGACCAUAUGACCUCCAAUAAAAACCUUCUAUUUGACAUUAAGCCAUUAAUCAUACCAUACUUAGUUACUUUGCCAAACGGUUAUAAGGUCAAGGCCCCUUCACUAAAGAGGCCACUGGAAAUUGGUAAAUUGGAUGAUGGUCUUUACAGGCUUGUUCACUCCUCUCCUUCUCUUCAAUCCCAUGCAACAGCAUGUCAGUCUAGUUCUAUAACUGCCCCUUUACUUGUUGAAAAUGCUCCUUGUAAAUACCAUUCUCCAUUAGCUACUGAUUCUGUUUCUUGUUCUCAUUGUACAUACCAUUCUGAAUUGAAUAAAGUGGAGAUGGAUAAAUUUCAACCUAGAGCUGAUCCUUGUGUCUUUCUGGGAUAUCCAUUGGCUAAGAAGGGUUACAAGUUAUACAACUUGAAAACUAAGCUUACCCUAAUAUCCAGGGAUGUAGUCUUCCAUGAAGAUGUCUUUCCCUUUGCUUCUUCUGUGUCCAUUCCCAAUGCUCCUUCUCCUCCUCUUAACCCCUCUACUAGUUGGAGUUUCCCUACUGAUGAUUCCUUCCUUCCUCCAUCUCUUACUGGCCCCAGUUCUUCUUCUGCUUGUCUUCAUAGUUUAGUUAACACUGCUGAGGUAGAUCCUGCCUCAUAUCAGCAGGCUGCCUCUCUUCCUGCAUGGCAGGAGGCCAUGAGGAAGGAGUUUGAAGCCUUAGAAGCCAAUCAUACUUGGUCUAUAGUUCAGCUACCUCCAGGCAAGAAACCCAUUGGUUGCAAAUGGGUUUAUAAGAUCAAGUAUAGGGCUGAUGGGACUGUGGAAAGAUAUAAGUGCCUUGUUGUUGUGGCUGUCAAACAAAAUUGGCCUCUUUUUCAACUUGAUGUCAACAAUGCCUUUUUGCAUGGUGAUUUAGAUGAAGAGGCUUCUAGGCAGUGGUAUGCCAAGCUGUCCCAAGCCUUAUGUUCCAGGGGAUACUCUCCUUCUCUAAAUGAUUACUCUCUCUUUUCUAAAAAAUCUGCUUCUUCUACUGUCUUGUUGGCUGUAUAUGUUGAUGAUAUUAUUCUUACUGGUAAUGAUUUGGAAGAAAUUACUGCAUUAAAGAGUUUUCUGGAUAAUGCGUUUAAGAUCAAAGACUUGGGGAGAAAAUUUAUUAAAGACCUUCUCAAGGAGUACCAUUGUGAGGAUGUUACUCAUGUUACUUGUCCUCUAGACCUCUCUGUCAAGCUCAAGGUAGAUAUGGGUGAUCCUCUUCCUUCUCCUGAAACCUAUAGGAGUCUGGUGGCCUUGCAUAUACUCAGGUAUCUUCAAGGCUCUUCUGAAGUUGGGGUCUUCAUCAGCAACACCCCUGAUCUUUCUUUAUCUGCUUAUUAUGAUAGUGACUGGGCUGCCUGCCCAGAUAUUAGGAGAUCUGUUACUGGGUUCUGCAUUCUCUUAGGUGGUUCUCUUAUUGGUUGGAAAGCUAAGAAGCAGCCUGUGGUGUCUCUGUCUUCUGCUGAGGCUGAGUAUAGGGCCAUCAGUAAGGUUGUUGGUGAGCUCACUUGGCUUGUUAGGCUGCUUUCUGAUUUUGGUGUUCUUGUUGCUGUUGCUGUCCCUGUUUUUUGUGAUAAUCAGGCAGCCAUCCACAUUGCCAAGAAUCCUGUGUUUCAUGAGAGGACCAAACACAUUGAGGUGGAUUGCCAUUUCAUUAGGACAAAGCUUCAUGAGGGUCUUAUUGCCUUGCAUCAUGUUCCUACUGCUUCUCAACUUGCAGAUGUCUUUACUAAGCCUUUGACAGGUCUUGUCCAUCAUUCAUUACUGCUCAAGCUGGGGGUUCAGUCACCCUCCACCUUGAAGGGGGGUGUUGGAGUUAGGAAGUUGGACCACAAUACUGUUGCUGAUGCUGAGGCACACCCCACAUAA